UACAGACAAAAAAAAAAAAAAAGUGAGUUCUUGAAAUAUAUAAAAGACACACAAGAAACGAGAAGGAAGAAGAAGAUCGAUGAUUUCAAGAAGCGAAUUAGAUGCAUGAGGUUGGUUUUCCGUUGGAUCUCUCUGUCUUCACUCGCCUCAUAGCGACUCUAUUCUUCCUCGCCGUUGGUGUUUUUUACUUUCUCAAAAACACCGCCGCUAAGUACUUCGACAUCGGAGCCGCCGCCGCCGGAGGUUUCGACAGGGACUUCAUGGCGGUUGAUACUGAGGAUUGCUCUGUCUGUGGGAAUUAUUCCACCAAGAAAUGCUCCCGCUGCAAAUCCGUUAGAUACUGCUCAGCAGAGUGCCAAAGGUCAGACUGGAGCUCGGGUCAUCAAAGAAAGUGCAAGGAUUAUGGGAUUACUACAUUAACACCAUCUGCAAAGAAUGGCUUAAGGUUCAGAGCUUCUCCGUUCGGGGAUAGUUCUGCUUCUAAUAUUGCACUGAUUUCCGAACGGGCCCAAAACAAGAGUAGUCUCAAGCCAAGAGAAGUUCUUUUUCCAUAUGAAGAAUUUGUUGAAUAUUUUAACUGGGACAAUCCAGAAUUGGCCCCCUGUGGGCUCAUGAAUUGUGGAAAUAGUUGUUUCGCCAAUGUGAUUCUACAAUGCCUUUCCUGGACACGUCCUCUUGUUGCAUAUUUGCUGGAGAAAGGCCACAAGAGAGAAUGUAUGCACAACGAUUGGUGCUUCUUCUGUGAAUUUCAAACCCAUGUUGAGAGAGCGAGUCAAAGUCGGUUCCCUUUUUCACCAAUGAACAUUAUUUCACGGUUAACUAAUAUUGGUGGAACUCUUGGGUAUGGAAGACAGGAGGAUGCUCAUGAGUUCAUGAGGUAUGCGAUUGAUAUGAUGCAGUCUGUUUGCCUUGAAGAAUUCGGUGGAGAAAAAAUAGUGCCUCCUCGUUCUCAAGAAACAACACUUAUUCAGUAUAUAUUUGGAGGUCUCCUCCAAUCACAGGUUCAGUGUACUGUUUGCAAUCAUGUUUCUGACCAAUAUGAAAAUAUGAUGGAUCUGAUCGUUGAGAUGCAUGGGGAUGCGGUGUCUUUGGAGGAAUGUCUUGAUCAAUUUACAGCCGAAGAGUGGCUUCAUGGAGAUAACAUGUACAAAUGUGAUAGGUGUAGUGACUAUGUAAAGGCAUGUAAGCGUCUUACGAUUUGGCGUGCUCCAAAUAUUCUUACUAUUGCCUUAAAAAGAUAUCAGGGAGGAAGAUACGGAAAACUGAACAAAAGAAUAAGUUUUCCUGCGACAUUGGAUCUUAAUCCUUACAUGAGUGAAGGCGGAGAUGGAUCAGAUGUAUAUAAACUCUAUGCAGUGAUUGUCCAUUUAGAUAUGCUGAAUGCUUCAUUCUUCGGCCAUUACAUAUGCUACAUUAAGGACUUUUGCGGAAACUGGUAUAGAAUAGAUGAUUCCGAGAUAGAAAGUGUUGAAUUAGAAGAUGUUCUUUCUCAAAGAGCUUAUAUGCUCCUCUACAGCAGGAUUCAAGCUCGGUCGUCAUCAUCAUGUCUUAGAUCAGAAGUUCAAGACGAGAAGAAAACAGAAUCUUUCGUAAAAGAGUUAGUUGAGAGUUCGAUGGUAGGAGCUAUUGAAAGCAGAAGCAGCACCCAUGUGACCAUUGAAGACCCUGAACGUGAGCAAUCACCAUCACCAUCAUCAUCAUCAUCAUCAUCAGUACUGACCUCUGAAUGCUGUAGUGAGGUUGAAAGGGUUGAUACAUUGGAUUCCGAGUCAAACCCUUCAACUGAUGACUCUGCAACAGAUCAUCAAGAGGAUGCAGCAAAUGGGAACAGAGAUCCAGAGGUAAAAUAUCAGGCUGUCGAUUCGUGUUCAGAUCCUGCAACUUCAACUCCACUGGUCUGUACAAAAUCCAAACCUCCGGUGAGAGAUAUGGACACCAAGAUGAUCGACGCGCAAUGAUGUGGUAUGUUAAAACAUUUGAAAAUCAACAGAGCGUUUAGCUUACAAAGUUACAAUAGUGAUGCAGAUACUAUUACACAAUGACUUAUAUGGUACAAAGGGUGAUUAUACAUAGAAUUUAAAUGUUCUUACUGGUGAAUUGCCAAAUUGUUUUGCCAUUCAUGUGGCCGAAUCA